AUGGCGACUGAGUAUUUCAAGGGCAUCUCCAAGAUUCCUUUCGAGGGACCCGAGUCUGUGAACCCCCUCGCGUUCAAGUACUACCGCCCCGACCAGGUGGUGGCCGGUCGCCCCAUGAAGGACUGGCUUCGCUUCAGCGUGUGCUACUGGCACACCUGGCGCGGCACGGGCGCCGACAUGUUCGGCCCCGGCACCUACUGCCGUCCCUGGGACGAUGGCACCAACUCGCUCGAGUCCUACCUCAAGCUGGUCGACGUCAACUUCGAGUUCCUCCAGAAGCUCGGGGUGGAGUACUUCUGCUUCCACGACAGGGACAUCGCGCCCGAGGGAGCCACGCUCGAGGAGACCAACAAGAACCUCGAGACCGUCGCCGCUCACAUCAAGAAGAGGAUGCAGGAGACUGGCAUCAAGCUGCUGUGGGGCACUGCCAACCUGUUCUCCAACCCGCGCUACAUGAACGGCGCCUCGACCAACCCUGACACGCACGUGUUCGCCUACGCUGCGGCUCAGGUCAAGAAGUGCAUGGACAUCUCCAAGGAGCUCGGUGCCGAGAACUACGUGUUCUGGGGCGGCAGGGAGGGCUACCAGACCCUGCUCAACACCGACUUGAAGGGCGAGCUCGACCACUUUGCUCGCUUCCUUCAGCUCGCUGCGGACUACAAGAAGCAGAUCGGCUUCCAGGGCCAGCUGCUCAUCGAGCCCAAGCCCAGGGAGCCCACGAAGCACCAGUACGACUUUGACACGGCUGCCGUGGUGGCGUUCCUCAAGAGCUACAACCUCGACAAGGACUACAAGGUGAACAUCGAAGCCAACCACUGCACCCUUGCCGGCCACACCUUCGAGCACGAGCUCACCUACGCGUCGGCGUACGGCUUCCUGGGCAGCAUCGACGCCAACACUGGCGACCCGCUGCUCGGCUGGGAUACGGACCAGUUCAACAUGGACGUCAAGCAGACCACCUUGGCCAUGCAGGUGGUGCUCAGGCAGGGCGGCCUCCAGCCCGGCGGCCUCAACUUUGACGCCAAGCUCAGGCGUGAGUCGAGCGACCUCGAGGACCUCUUCAUCGGCCACAUUGCUGGCAUGGACACGUUCGCUCGCGGCUUGCUGGCUGCGGCCAGGCUCGAGGAGGAGGGCACGUUCCAGGCGUGGAGGGACGAGCGCUACGCCUCGUGGAAGGGCGAGCUGGGCCAGAAGAUCGUCAGCGGCCAGGUGACCUUUGCCGAGUUGGAGCAGUUCGCGCUGCAGGCCGGCGAGCCCAAGCAGGUCUCGGCCAAGCAGGAGAAGUAUGAGAUGCUCCUCAACCGCUACGUCUGA